AUGGGUGAAAAACGCAAAUCUCGUAUGACAAAUACUGAAAGAGCAUCAAAAAAAGAGAAGAAAACUCUAAAAUCUGUUGUAUCAAGUGCUAGCAAUGAUGAUAUUGAAGAACAAUCAUCAAUGCAUUCAAAUAGCAGUACAUCGGAUAGUACUAGUCAACAACCGUCAAUUACACAAGAAAUAAAUCAUACAGAAGAAAUCGAAGAAUCUCAAACAAUAACUCCAAUUGACGUUGAAAAUGAAACAAAUGAAGAUCAACUUGAAUCAUCUUCAUUAAUAAAUAAUGAUAAUAAAAUAUCAAUUGAACCAACAAAAUCAUGGUGGUCAUCACUGGUUCGUCUUUUUCAUUUUGGUAAUAAUACAGCAAAUGAAAAUAAGAAUCAAAUCGAAGAUCAUCAAUCAUCAACAUGUCUCGAUGGAAGUUAUUUAAGUAAUAUUAAAUGUCGUCGAUCACUUCAUGGAGAUUCUUUUAUUGGAUAA